AGCACGCGGCUGGUCAGCAGAGAGUGUCAGUGGUGCUGCAGAUACGCGGAAGGACGAGAAGGACACGCGCUUGUUUCCUUGCGUCCGGUCAUUUUUAAAAACCCCGCGUGCUGUCCAGUUAUAUCAGAUAUACUGUAAUACAGCAGCUAUUCUGCUGUCGGGCGUCAUAAGGAUGCGCGCGCUCUCCGUCAUUGUUUUGUUUGCGUUCAUCGGCGGGUCUGCGGCCGAUACUCCUGCCAACUGCACCUAUGAGGACCUGCUGGGCACCUGGAUCUUCAGCGUGUCUGAUGUGGGUCAUGAUCGAACCAUCGACUGCUCCAGCCCAGGAAAGACUGUGAGGACGGUGACUGUGGACCUGCAGAAGCUGUUUCUAGCUGUGGAUGAUCUCGGACACACUGGGUUCUUCACUCUCAUCUAUAACCAGGGAUUUGAAGUGGUGCUCAAUGACUACAAAUGGUUCGGGUUUUUCAAGUAUUCUCAGCAGGGUUCAGAGGUGACCAGUUACUGCGAUCAGACGAUGCCCGGUUGGGCUCAUGAUGUUUUGGGGAAUAACUGGGCCUGUUUCACUGGGAAGAAGGUGCAGCCCAUCCCACCCCGAAUCGACCACAGUACCAUGCUUGGAUUCGAACACAAACUGCUCAUGAAGCUGCCAUACACAAACAACAUGGAGUUUGUGGAUAAAAUAAACUCUGUUCAGAAGUCCUGGAAAGCGACAUCGUACAGUAUCCAUGAGACCUUCACCAUACAGGAUAUGCUGAGAAGAUCAGGAGGACAUGCCUCCAGGAUACCACGACGUGUCAGGCCUGUGACCGUUGCUGCAGACAGUAAGAUGGCAGCCGGUCUUCCAGAACGCUGGGACUGGAGAGACGUGAACGGAGUCAGUUAUGUCAGCCCUGUCCGCAACCAAGCUCAAUGCGGCAGCUGCUACUCUUUCGCCACUAUGGGAAUGCUUGAAGCACGAGUCCGAGUCCAGACGAACAACACCCAGCAGCCAGUGUUCAGUCCACAGCAAGUCGUGUCCUGCUCCCAGUAUUCUCAAGGUUGUGAUGGAGGUUUUCCAUAUCUGAUUGGUAAAUACAUCCAGGACUUCGGCAUUGUGGAGGAGGACUGUUUCCCGUACACUGGGGAUGAUUCUCCCUGCAAAGUACCUGAGAAAUGCAGAAGGUACUAUGCCUCCGAUUAUCACUACGUGGGUGGGUUUUACGGAGGAUGCAGCGAGGCGGCCAUGAUGCUGGAGCUGGUCAGGAACGGCCCCAUGGGUGUGGCACUGGAGGUGUACCCAGAUUUCAUGAACUACAAAGAGGGCAUCUACCAUCACACCGGCCUUCGUGACGCCAACAAUCCAUUCGAGCUGACCAAUCAUGCGGUGUUGUUGGUGGGGUAUGGGAAGUGCCAUAAGACCGGGGAGAAAUACUGGAUCGUGAAGAACAGCUGGGGAAACAACUGGGGCGAGAAUGGGUUUUUCAGAAUCCGUCGUGGAACGGAUGAGUGUGCCAUUGAGAGCAUUGCUGUAGCUGCUACACCAAUCAUCAAUCUGUAAAGAGUGUGUAGACGAAAUGGUCAGUUGUAGUAAGCACGGUCCGUUAAAGUCAAAUUUCAGAUUAUUUUUAUAAUGGCAAUCCUGUGGCCUAAAAAAGGGAAAACGGCGCUGUUUUAACUUUGUUGCCAAGUUGUGAACUUCUAAUUUGUUUCUUGAAAACAUUUAUCUUUUUUUUGCCCAUGACCAGCAGGUUAGGUGAUCAAAGAAGCCAUGUAGAAUAGUAAUUCACUGUCCUGUAAUUCAUCUUUCUCUCUUUCAGGUUCCUUUUCAUAGUUAAUGGUGUGAACAUGUGUAAUUACAAGACCUGAUAGACUUGAUUCUGUCUCAUUUCCUCAUUUCUCAAACAUUAUGAAUCUUUAAACCAACUUCAGCCUUCUUCAAAGCAUUUCACUUUGGCUUCAAGGUUCUUCUCUUUGGUCUGGUUCCAUGUGACGUCAGCUCUGUCUCCAGAGCUUUUGACUUUUCCUGUUGCUGGCCUCUAGGGAAUUUGUUCAUCUUCUGUGCCUUUUACUGUCCCUUCUGUUGUCGGCAGCCUUUUUAAAGAACAGUAGUGGAGCCACUCUGUUUCUGUCCCUUCAUCUCGAAGCAUCUAGUCAAGAUGUUGUUUUGCUCAGAUCCACCUGAGGAUGAAACUUGCAGCUUGAAAAUUCCCCAGAUGUCAUCUUCCUCUGAGCUGUCUGUCUGUAUGGCUUGGAAAAACUCUCGCUCUGAUUCAGCCUGUCAUGUUUUUGUCUUGGGUCACCUGCGUUUCCAAUUGUUGCUGUCGGCUAAAAACAACCCUGUCUAGAGUCUAGUUAUGGCUUUAAAUUGAUGUAACCGUCUUAAUCAAGAGGUAAGACCGACAUAAAUUUUGCUGUGCUGUGUUUUGUUGCAACUGACCUGCUGUCUGCAUCCAUUCAAUCUCUUCCUCUCGAAAACACCAACAUUGUUGUCCUUUUGUUUAUUUGUUCUGUUAUUGUGGAUUUCCACAUGAGCCGUGUGAAUGACAAAAAGGCCAUUUAAUUUUCUCUUGCUGGAUGUGCGCUAAUGAAAGUUGGGUGCCUUCAGGUGCUGCAACCACUGCUUAAAAGUGUUUUUUAGAAAAAAGGGAUUUUAAAUUUUCAUUGAUCCAUAUGAGCUCUGAAUGUCACAUUUGCACUCUGCUGCAUUCAUUUUUGCACCACUGUUUUAAUUGGACAUGACGUCAUUUUGUAUUCAGAGAAUAUCAAGUUGGCAAUUGUUCUCAGGAAAAUCAGUACUUGUGGAUUAAUGAACAAUCACUUUAUCAAUAGCAAUAGACUAAAGGGAUGUGCAUGUAUAUUGAGUCCUGUCAGGCUAUUUGCCAAAAGACAAGCUGCUCAGGACUAUAUGAAUCCAAGGGUUUAUCACAAUCUUUGAUUUUUGCCUUUGUAUCUGUGUAUCUCUGUAUCUGUGGUCAAGAUCUUUAAUAAAAUUGCGUUUUAAGAUA